AUGGAGACAGAUUCCAUAUAUUUUCCGCUCAAACGCCAUCCUGUUGCCUCUGCUAAGGCAGGGCGAACGGGUAUCAUGCCUAUAAAGCCCCCAGAGCCCAAGACCAGCACCAAGCCGGUAACGUCGGUCGUCAUCAGCGGCGAAGCCACUUUUGCGCAAGCAUCGCACCCCUCAUCCAGCGCUGUCUUCGAGAGAAACAACCGAAGAUGUCCCCGCUGCGUGGAGCUGUGCGAAAACAAGAGAAGAAAGAGGAAACGAGGAGGAAUGAGUCCACAGAUCAAAGCCUGUGGACUUUGA